UUCAUGCAUAUAGGUUGCGUUGGCGAACAACAAACUAAGGCCAAGACCGAACCAAACGAGGGAAUUCCACAUUGUCAGCUGAACUUAGAUAGAACCAGAUCAGAAUUGGUGUUACUUCGAUCCAUGACAAACUAGAACCUUGCAGAUUUUCACCUGAGAAGUCCUGAUCAAAAUGCCUGGACGACGGGGCGUCUUUGACGCCAUCAUGACCAAGGAGGAUUAUAUGCAGCCAGAGCAGAAGGCUGUGCCGGUCAAGUUGGCUGAAUCCACGAUCAACGACCCAGACGAACUCAUCGAAUGCCCGUACGACAAAGUCCACAGGAUUCGUCUUGGCCGCUUUCCUAUGCAUCUCCUGAAGUGUAGAAAGAAUUAUACAGGGAAAGAAAUGUUCACCUGUCCAUUUAAUGCAUGCCAUCUAGUUCCAGCUCCCGAAGCAAGGCACCACGUUGCAAACUGUCCAGACAAGGCUUGUGUGGAGAAGGAAAUGAUGAGAGGGUAUGAUGCGAAUAAUACUUACUGCAAAGGCUACACCAAGAGUCCAACCUACAAGCGGACGGAGGAAUUCGGACACAAGCCCUCCGAAAACUGGGAUGAAGAGAUCCGAACAGACCAAUCCAGAGAAUACUGGGGCCCCGAAGAAGGAAGUAAUAGGGAGUACAAUCAUCUACCAAGAGCGAAAGGAAGGGGUGCUCCUCGAGCCGUCGGCCAAGACCGUUCCCAGGAGCCCGUCGAGAUGAGGUUACCGAGGCAACCAGCCCAAGCAGCCGCAGUAGCUCAACAGCGCCACCAGCAACUUCAACAGCAGCAGUAUGGCACCGUUCCUGCGGCCCCUGAACCCAAGGUCAAUGGCACAGCACCGGCACCUGUGCAACCGUCAGCUGUGGCUGGUCUAGGCAGAGGGCAGUUCAAAGGUCGUGUCAUGGCAGCCAAUCUAUGGGGUGCUCCCCCCCAACAGAACCAACAACCCUCAACCAAGCCGGGUGGACUGGCUCAAAGCUCCUGGGCAGUGCACCAAGCUUCCUCUGGGAACAGUAGCUCUGGUCCUCCUUCCCUAGAAGAUGACUUCCCUCCUCUUGGUGCACCUCAGCCAGCUCACAUCGGACUCGGGCGCGGUCUUGGACGCGGCAAGGUCCUCCAGGGAUAAAGGCUGCUCACUGGGAUACAAAACUUAUGCAUGAUCAGAUGACUAAAGUUGGUAUUUCAUGGGACACGUGAAUGAUUUGUAAAGGAUACGAAAAAAUAAAGUAAAAUUACAAAGUCCGACAUUCACAGUUCAUGCUGCAAAAGUUUGCCAGAACGUGUGCGUUGGUUAGGAAACUGUCAGUUGCUUGUUGAUGUUGUUUUCAGUUUGAAGCUUUUUUUUUUCUUGAAAGGAAAUACUACAUUUUGCAACAUUUUCUCUGCAAUCUGUUUCGAAAAACAUGUCUGAAAAGUAUUGUCAUAUGCACACGACCUUCGCAGCACAUAUGAAAUGCUUGCAAAGGAUUUGAAAAUCCCUUGUCGGGUCAUGAAAGAUUUAUGAAUGUCCCGCACCAGGCGUGAAGUUAGCCCUUCUAUUUACAAUGUUAUGUAGCUAGUGAUUCUUGGGACAUUGCUGUCGUCAGUGGUGCACACAACAUUUGCACUGAUGUUGAGGAACUUCCCUAAAAACUGCAAGAAUUGUUUUACGACUCAGUUGCUGUGAGAGAUUCAGAGAACACUUCUCUGAAUCUGGACUUAAAAUAAUUUUAACGAAGAAAAAACCACUAUCACACCAAAGUGAAAAACAUAAGGUAAUUGUUCUUUUGAUUUAUUGUCAAAUAUCAUUUUCAUCGUCAAAUGAGUGGUGAUUUUAAGAGUCAUUAUAAUUUUGAAAAUGGGUCAAGAUUAUUUUCCCCCAUUUAGAAGAAGGAUAUUGCAUCAGUACAUGUUUAGUUUUUCAAAUAAAAAGAUGACAUCAGUUCUUUUAUUGAUAAGUUGACUUUGGUAUUUUGUUGUCAGCUUGAGAGGUUUUAUGUUAGUAUCAUAUUUUCAUGCCAGAUUUGGGACUUUGUAGUUUGUUUUGUUUGUCAUGAUAUAUUCUUUUGAGUCACACGCAAUUCAAUCUUGUUUAUUGUUGGAUAAAAUUGUUCUUUCUGGACUCAGAUGAUAUAUAAAAGAAUAUGAACAGAAAGUGAAGCGGGUCAUAUAUUUCCUAACAUUUCUUUGUAUAUUUCUUUUCAAACAAUUUUUCAAAUGUGAUUUUAAGAGAGAUUCAUUGUUUAUUCUGAUGCUGAUUACGUUAUAGUUGUCAACAAAUUUUUGUUGUGUCAAUGCCAGUGGAAUUGAAGACAAUAAGGUCUAUAGUUGUGUUAACAGAAAAAUAAAAAGAGGGAUUUACAUGAUUCAGUUUUUUCUUUAUAUCUCGGUUAAUCUAACAAAUGAGUUUUUUCUUUUUUGGAAGGUUCCUUCAAAAUUAUCUCGCAGUAUAAGACGCUCUUUUUUUGUUAAAUCAAUUAUUCACAGUUUGCAACUUUGUUGUCUUUAAUCAGUUCAAGUGUGCUUGCAGCGUAUUCUUUGCUUGGAGGAUCAUUGUUUAUAACUUUAUCUAACUUACUAAAGCCACAUAGCUUGCUUUCAAUUAUAUUUCCACUGCCUUCCCUCAACAUUGAAACAUGUUACUAUGUAUGUUCACAUUUAUAAGCUAUCAUAAUUUCAUUAUUAUCAUUCAUUUAGCUUGUUUACCUUAAUAUGGAUCAUUAGCAUGUUUCAUGCUUGUUGCGGAUAUGUUUAUAAUGUAUUUAUGUUUGGUAUGUGUUUCUCAAAUAUUUCAUUUGAUCACAUCUAACUUAAUACAAAGAUGAACAUCUUUAUACUUUGGCCAUUUGAUAUCUUUGAUGUCUAGAGGGUAGAUUAAAGUCUGUAUUUGGCUUUGGAGAGGGUUGGUAAUGAGAACUAUAUUUGAAUAAUACCUUGCAUUCCCAUUCAGUAAAUACUGUUCCAUUUUAUCUUUUAUCAACACCGAUUCUCUGUGAAAAUACUCAAAUCACACAUAUAUAGUGACCCCUGUCAGCGGUAUUUUUGUUUUCUUUUAAAAGGGGAUUUAAAGCAUUCAUCUCACAAAUGUAGGGAUUGGAUUUUAUUUUUAAAAAACCUUCGGACAAAGAUUAUAUAUCCAGCAUUUUUCAGCCCAGUCUCUUCUUUAGAAUGGGUUUUUGAUCAAAUAGAAAAACCACCAUUAAACCCCAAACAAUCUUCAUAGGGCACCCAAUUGAAAUACAUUUUUCAUGUGACAUUGUAAAAUCACACAUAUAUAGUGACCCCUGUCAGCGGUAUUUUUGUUUUCUUUUAAAAGGGGACUUAAAGCAUUCAUCUCACAAAUGUAGGGAUUGGAUUUUAUUUUUAAAAUAAGCUUCGGACAAAGAUUAUAUAUCCAGCAUAUUUCAGCCCAGUCUCUUCUUUAGAAUGGGUUUUUAAUCAAAUAGAAAAACCACCAUAAAACCCCCAAAAAUCUUCAAAGGGCACCCGAUUAAAAUACAUUUUUUAUGUGACAUUGUAAAAUUUAUCCUGAAAAACACAUUUUCAUUCCUUAUCCUUCACAUCAUAAUCUUGUAAUGAAUUGCAAUAGUCAAAGCCUCAAACAUUUUGGGGGAUUUACCAAAGCUUAAAGACGGGCUUUGAUUUCAGCGAAAGAAGAGAAUUUGGCUUUUGAGUUUUGACAGUAUGAGUGGUAAAUACUCUACACUCGUGCGUAAAACUCUAGAAUAUUUGAAAGAUUUCAACAAAUGGAAAGUCAUUGACUAUCUUAAACAAGUGGAGAAUAAUUGAGCUUCCCCAAACAACAUCCCACCUUCCAGGAAUGCAGAUAUUUUUUUCAGGAGAAUUUGUAAUAAUAUGGAGGUACAAUAAAAAAAAUUUAAGGCAUUUUCUGUUUGAUGUAAAAAAAUUCUUUCAAGAUUACAAGAGAUGGUGGAAUAGUGAUUUUGAAUUGAUUGCUUGAUUAAUUUAUUUUCACAUUUCAUAAAAAGAACAUUACAAAAUAGUGCACAAGGUUAAAGUCAAAUCUAAUCAUUUGAGUAAUUGCCCUAAGUUAUUGAGUUUGUUUAUUUUGUGGGUGAAGUUAAUAUGCCUGUAGUGCUUAAUAUGAGAAACAGUAUUUCAGAUCACUCUAGCCUCGUAUACUCAUAUAUGAACGAAAUUGCUAAACAUUCAUUCCAUUAUUUUUUUCUUUAAUUAUUGUUGAGUUGUGUUGUAUAUAAGACAGUUAUUAAAUUGCUUUGAUUUAUUUUGAUAUCAUUGAUAUGUUUUUUGUUGGUAAUAUUUAAUCAUGUUCCCUUUGAGUAUAUUUUGUUUGGUAGUUAAUGAUAUCUUAUAGUGGCAUUCAUAGUAAGAUGGUAUUGAUUGGAGAUGUGUGUUGAGGGGUUUUAAAAUUGCACUUAGAUUUGGAGAGAAAAAAAAAUUCCUUUCAGUGAAAACAGAAAGUGAAAACAACUGCAUCUUCCUAGGAUCGAGUAUGGAUGCGUUAUUCAUUUUGAGAUAUUUUUAUUGAAGUAAAUGUAUGUCCGUCACUUUUUAAGAUGCACAACAGACUAUUGGAAAGGCAUGAUCUUGCAUAAAAUCUUGCACAAGUGUUGAUUUAAUAGUAUAAACCUUAAAUCAGUGAAAAGUAUGUGAAAAAAAAAACUCUUGCCAUUAGAUUUGUUCAACCUCUCUGCUUAGUGAUUGUCUUUCAUAGGUAUAGUAUAUUGACCUCUCAGGGUUAUAUGAUAAAGAAUGGUUUUGGUCUUGAGCAUAGUAUAAGUGCCAUUUUGAAAUCAUUUGCUGACUUCACAGUUCAACAAUGACUCUUCCUCUUUUACUGAAAAAUAAGCAGCCAAUACUUUUUUGUAUUACGUGACAUCUCGAUGAUGAUUUAAAAGGAUAAUUAUUAACUUGGGAUUUAAAAUCAGUCAUUAAUUAUAAGGGAAGUCCACUUAAAUGAUGAUAAUUGGCAUUUGUAUAAUGCAAUCUAUCUAAAAACAAUCUGUUCCAAGGCGCAUUGUUAUAAUAACCCCAGUUUUAGCUUGAGCUGCCUUUCAGCGCUUGUGCAUUAAAUUAAAUAGCAGAGCCCUGUAGCAUUUAAGGUUAGGUGUAUCUCACUUAGCGGUGAAUGCUUUUAUAUACGAUCGGUACAAAUUUUAGGAUUUGCCAACUUUUCUUUUGAGUGAUGCUAAUGAAUGUUUGUUUGUAAUAUCAAAGUCUAUUUGCGAACGCAUUUUUAUUGGUGUGUAGAUUUCAUGCAGGAGCCAUGUGAUUAUGUUAAUAUCAUUUGAAAUACAAAAGUUUUGCAAAUGGCAGCAAGUGGUGGUAGAAAAAUAGAUUGGCAAAGACAUUUUGAACGUUUCUUUGCAACAGGAAGAACUGCUUGCAGCAAUGAAAACUGUUUACCACAUUGCAACCUUUCACAAACCUUGUGCAACCUUUCAAAUUCUCUGCAUUUGCAAGCAUUGCUGCUGCGUCAGAUAUCCCGUGAAUGAUUGCCCAUAAGGACAAAUCCAACUUGCAUAAAACAGCAAUCAAGUGAGAAAUAUAAACUUGUCAUGUAUGCAAUUUAAUUAAUUAGGAACAUUAGGUAUUGGUUGAAAGCGCGGAAAAUUUUCUACAUAUGUUGUGUACACUGGGGAAAGAAAUUACUGUUUAAGAACUGCAGGCAUUUGAAAAGUAAACCUCAUUCAAAAUUCUUCAAAUAAGACAAUAUCUCUUGGACCGAAUGAGUUGAUACUUCCACUACACCAAUCUAAAGUCCGAUGUCAAGAACUAUGUUCAAGACUUUUAACCUAUCUAGACUUAGAAGUAUAGAAUGCAAUUUUAUGUGUGACAAUCAAAACUUGGGGAAAUAUGCAUAGUUGCCUGGUUUUUGUUUACUUUUUUAUCUUCUGUAAAUUGAUGUUUAUGAAAAUAUUGUAAGUUAUCAUAUCUAUGUGCAAAAUUUUUUACCUAAAAAUGGUACAUUUUACAUUGCUUAUGAUUGCAUGUUAAAAAAAAAAGAAGAAAAGAUGUCCUAUAUGUAGGCAGUUUCAGCUGAAUUAAAUUUUUUUCAUGUUUGUAGCAAAAUUGUAAA